UUUCUUUCUUCUCGGCGAGCGAGGAGCUUGUUGGGAUGGGGCGCGGCAAGAUCGAGAUCAAGAGGAUCGAGAACUCGUCCAACCGCCAGGUGACCUUCGCCAAGCGCCGGGCCGGGCUGGUGAAGAAGGCCCGCGAGAUCGGCGUGCUCUGCGACGCCGAGGUCGGCGUCGUCAUCUUCUCCAGCGCCGGCAAGCUCUACGACUUCUGGACGCCCAAGACCACGCUACCGAGGAUCUUGGAGAAGUACCAGACCAACUCCGGCAAGAUCCUGUGGGACGAGAAGCACAAGAGCAUCAGCGCAGAGAUCGACAGGGUGAAGAAGGAGAACGACAACAUGCAGAUCGAGCUCAGGCAUAUGAAAGGCGAGGAUGUGAACUCCCUGCAGCCCAAGGAACUGAUCGCCAUCGAGGAAGCUCUCACGAACGGCCAGACCAACCUCAGGGACAAGAUGAUGGACCACUGGAAGAUGCACAGGAGGAAUGAGAAGAUGCUGGAGGAGGAGCACAAGCUGCUGGCUCUGAGGAUGCACCAGCAGGACGACCUGAGCAGCGGCAUGAGGGAGAUGGAGCUCGGGUACCAUCAGGGUAGGGAUUUCACUUCCCAGAUGCCGUUCACCUUCCGGCUGCAGCCCAGCCACCCCAACUUGCAGGAAGACAAGUAGGCCACCGAAUCCUGCCACGGCCUGUGUCAACUGAAGCUCCUCUACCUGCAGGCCACAACUGCCAGCUUCAAUUUCCUUGUGCAACCUUAAAAAUGUAUCUUCCUUUUCAUGUCUGGCUUGAUGAACUUAACAGCGCUAGUUGGUUCCCAGCACAUAACUUUAACUAAGACAGUUCCUGUCCCUGUCAAGAUGCUUGUAUAAUUGCUGCCUAUCCUGGUUACAGUGUGGCUUGAAUGUUAGUGAUGA